UGUUCCGUUGCUUCUCGUUGUUCAGUUGAGGAAAAUGUGUUUUGAUUCUUUGAUUGAAUAAUCACCGGUUUUUGAAAAAUUUAGUUUAAUUAUUAACAAUCUGAAUAAAGUCGUGAAUAGGAAUAAACCUGCACUGGCAAAAUGAACCAAGCCGAAGUGGCCAAGCUGAUGUCGCAGCUGAAAAUCGCCGUCCGGCCACGCCAUCGUAAUCUGAAAAACAUCGACGGUCCGGAAGGUCGAUUAAACAAGUUACGCAAAACCGUAACGGCGCUGGUAAAACACGAGCGGAUCGAGUUGAAUUAUCAACGAGCGGAUGAAGCACGGGGGUACGCAGAACGCCUCAUCUCGGAUGCCAUCCGGUACGGGGACCGGCAUAAGCCCACGAUGGAAAUGGCCGAUUUCUGGCUGACGGAGAAACAGUUGGUGCACAAACUGUUCAAAGUGCUGGCGCCCCGCUUCGAAGAGUACAAAGUGUCCGCCACGAGAAUGUACAAAGCUCCGAAGGAGUACCCCGGCUGGUAUCGGAAGCGGGCAGUGCUAGAAUUGAGGGGCAAUCCGUAUCCGGCUUUGGUGCAGAAUUUGCAUCAGAACCGUAAUCUGCUGCACAAUGUCCUGCUGGAUGAGGCACGGAAGGACUUCCGGAAGGAGAAAUACGCCGAAAUUGCGGCCCAGAUAGGUGAGCAGGGCAAACCGGAGAGUGAAAGUGAUCCGAAGCAAUGAGUUUUGAUAACAAGGUUAAUAUAGUGUUAAACAUA